GUAUUCAAUUCAUGAAUUUAUUAUUAAAAACUAUAUCUAAACUCAUUAAAUCUGAAACAGUGUUCUUGUACCCACCAAGCGAAGAUUCAAUGAUUCAAGUGACAGCUUCCAACUUCAAGAGCUGCAACACCAAAGAUCCGAUCUUGUACAUGAACGACGGCAACUCUCUCUUCAACCUCACCCAAAACGGAACCUUUUACUUCACCAGCGGACAUCCUGGCCACUGUCAAAAGUACCAGAAGCUCAUUGUCUCCGUCGGCCCUUACUCCGCCGAAGCAGACGCCUUGUCUCCCUCCUCUUCUUCUGCCGAUGCCGACGCUCCCUCUUACCAAAACGCAUUUGGAUCGAUCCCGCUCUCUCAGAAAUCUUCGUCUUCAUCGCCCCUAUUCUCCACUGUCGUUGCUUCGCUGGCCUGCGCUGUCGUCGUCGGUGCUCUCAUGUGAAAAUGGCAAUUAUUGAU